CUUGCAUAUUAUAAAGUCAGUCGCCUUACUGAGAAGGUUGGGAAACAGAUUUGAAGUGAAUUUGUGACAAACUUAAAUGAAAUUUUUAAUAUUCUUCAUUAUUGCUGUGUCAAUUGUCAGCAUUCAUUCACAAGGUAUGAAAGGUCGCAUAGUAGAGAUUUAAGAUGAUUUAUAGCAAUACUGUAGAUGAAGAAGCCAACCAGUGCAACACAAACUGCACAGACGAAUACAAACCACUUUGUGGAUAUUACGAUGAACCUAAGGAUGGGCUGACAUUCCAAAACAGCUGUGUUCUUGAGACUUAUUUUUGCUACAAUGAUGGAAUACAAUUUAAUGAAAUAAAAAGUGGAGAAUGUCCGAAAUAGGUUAGAAGGAAUUAAGGAAUGAGGAGAGUUGUUGAUGAAUAUCUGCAAAAAAAAGUUUGAUUGACGUCAUUUAUUAACGACCCCGUAGAAAAGACAUAAAAUAAACUAAAACUAUUAAGAACAA